UGGCGGUCGAGUGCAGUCGCGGCACAAGCGAUUACACGAGGUGCUAGACGCGUGACAAUACCGCAUAACGUGGACAUUUGUCGCCGCGCAUCUCUUCUCGACCACGCGCUGGGCCACGCCGAAGCAGUGACGCUGCAGCUGGAGAGUGCCACUUGACGAGCAGCAAACGGAUGGCGCCGGGUCUAGGGCCCUUUGUCCGCAUGCUAGCGCAGGCCGCCGUGCCGCUCUUUCGCGCGUUCGCGACGGCCUACCAGCAGGCGCUGCACAACGCGCGGAAGGAGGGCGCGACGGCCGCGAAGGAGGCCCUCAAGCCGAAGCGCGGCGCCAUGACGCCCACCGAGGCGGCGGAGAUCCUGCACCUGCCCGAGGGCGGCGCGGCCGACGCGGCGCAGGUCGCCGCGCGCUACGACAAGCUCUACGCCAUGAACGACCCGUCGAAAGGCGGCUCCUUCUACCUCCAGUCCAAGAUCCUCCGCGCGCGGGAGGCGCUCGACGCCGAGAUCGCCGGUUCUAGCGCGAAGACCUAACUAUUGUUGUCUGAA